UUGGCUAUUUAUAUUUCCACCUCUUUUAGAUGUUAUGACUCAUUUGUUAAAAGGUGUAGGUAUUGAGUUAUGUGUUGAAAAUAUUGCGUGGUUUCUCUACACUGACUGUUUCUUCUCCCGCACGACUUAAACGCAGCAUAGUAUCUUUAGCAUGAACUCCCCACAGCGUCCUAGCAUAUCCCAUAAUCCUGUUCGGUUUAGCUUCACUGCUUUUACGUUAGAGAUCAGCUGAGCUCGUGCUUCGCUGCAGUGAGUGCACGGGUGCCAACGGCUCGAGAUCGGAGCAGCUCGGGGCUGCUCGGAGUCCCUCUCUCUCUCUCUCUGGUCGGGCUUGGACAUCAUUUUAAACCCCCUGAUCGACUGGAGACAGGGCUUUUUUUUUCAAUAACUGCAAGAAUGUGACUCUUUUAUGUGUCCGUUUUUUGUUUUUUUUAUUUUUUACCCCCAUAAGUGGUCCCGACUCUUCUGAUCGAGUAGCCGAUUUGAUCAUUUUUGUUUUUAUUUCGCUCAUCAUCUGUCCUCUCAGUGCGGAAUACACCUGGACUGGGUUAGGAGGAGAUUCCAGGGGGUUUUUUUUGCCGGGAGUGGGCAAUAAUAUGUCCAGGCGGAAACAGACUAACCCCUUCAAAGUUAACUGGCCAUUCCACACUUCAGGCAUCCCGGGACUUCAGCAUACUAUUAACAUGGAUGGCAGGGACGAAUUCACCGAAGACAGUGAAUGCUGCAGCAACAACUCCCAGGAAGUCCAAGAGCAGGAUAGCAUCUCAGAAGACAGUGAUAGUGACCUUGACAACCACGGUGAAGACUCGUCCUCCAACACCUCUGCUGACGACCACAUGACCACCAAGAGAUCACAGUGCCGCCUACAGGGAGCGGGAGUCAAAGAGGAGAGUGAGGAAGGGGCAGAUCACAGCAACAACUUCGUUUGUCCUCUCUGCACGCUGGAUUUCAGCAGCCCCGAGAAGCUUAUAUCCCAUGUCUACCAGCACACAACUAUGAUGAGCAACACCAAGAGCUACGUGUGCCCAGUGUGUGGGCGAGCCCUGAGUUCGCCUGGCUCGCUUGGACGGCAUCUUCUCAUCCACUCCGAGGACCGCCUCUCCAACUGCGCUGUCUGUGGCGCACGCUUCACAGACACCAACAACUUUAACAGGGAGAAGCUUAAAGAUGUCCUUGACACAACCAGGAUGGAUGUGACCAGUGGAAGGGACCCCUGUUCCCUCUCCAGCAGCCCCAUGACCAGCCCAGGCACCGGCUCCUGCCACGGACCAGGCCCUAGCCCCAGUUCAUGUCAGGGCCCUCGCCCCUGUGAAGCACCUGACCUGAACUCCAACAUGUGUCAAGGCCAUCGUACCUGCCAGGGACCGGGCCACAUCUCGAGCCAGUGUCAUGGCUCAGGACCGUGCACAGGUUCUGACCAAGGACCCUCAUUUCCCUCACUGCCUGAUAGUCUCCUCUCUGAAGGGCCAUCACUCGCAUCUAUCCCUGAUGCUCUCAACUCCUCUUCCUCCAGCCUUCCCCCCAUCCCUGACAUCCUGAGCCCUAUGCCAGUGUAUCCCGCUGGGGUGCUGCUGGUGUGCAACAGCUGCAUGGCUUAUCAGCAGCUAGUCGAGUCCCAGUCGCCCAUGCGAAAAUGGGCUUUGCGUAGGAAGAACGAACCCUUGGAGGCCCGCUUGCAGCGUCUAGAGCGCGAGCGCACAGCAAAGAAGAACAAGCGGGCUUGUGAGACGGAAGAGGAGAGGGAGCUGAGGAGGCUGAGGGACCGCGAGGCCAAGCGCAUGCAGAGGAUGCAGGAAUCGGAGGAGCAGCGGGCACGCAGGCUGCAGAGGGACAGGGAGGCCAUGCGUAUGAAGAGGGCCAACGAGACGCCGGAGAAAAGGCAGGCCAGGCUGAUCCGUGAGAGGGAGGCAAAGCGGAUCAAGCGACGGCUGGAGAAGAUCGACCCAGCUCUGAGGACACAGAUAGAACAUGAUCCUGCUGCAAUGGCUGCCCUCACAGCAGACAUGAGUCUCUUUCAGUUCCCCUGCCCUAUGCCUGUCCCUUCCAUUGAUAAUGGUCUGUUCAUGAAGCUGCCCUAAUUGGACCAGGCCACCGGGGGAGGGGAGGGGACCAAUUGGCUUCUAACGGCAUCAUUAAUCUCUACGCUCUGCCAUCAGGCUGCCAUGGUCACAGUGAACCAUUCCCAGCUGGUUUACUUCCAGCCUCGUCUGUGAUGAACAGCUUCACACACAAACUGCUUUGUUAAAUACAGCAAAAACUACUUCAAUUUCUAAUUUAUUACAGUCUAGAAAACCUUGGGAACAGGGUUGAGAAUGUUUCAUGUUGUAUGGAUGAUGACAUAAAAGCAUGUUGUAAAGAGAUUUAUCUGUUUGUCAGUGGGCUAGCAGAUUUAACACAGUUCAUUCUAGUAGGAGCAGUUAUACUUCCUUUGAGGGGAAAAAAAAAAACCUUUUUGCACAUGGACCUUCAGUAACAGGAGUGGGGACUUCGUAGCCACAGCCCCCUCCUUCCUGGUCCACUCUGCCAGCCCAGUGACUUGUGUUUACUGGUAGCUACACCUCUCUCUUCAAGCUGCCACCAUGGGUUCCUGGCACGGUCAUAUUCAGUCAAACUACUACCUCAGCUGGCGCCGUGGUUGCGCACUCUGUCUUGUGGCUUACUGCGUUCCAACUCCAGGCUUCCAAAGCUCUACAUGUACUGUACACUACUACAGAGGAUGCAGGUUGUUUUUCCACACUUUGUAUUUAUCACUCAGGCACUUUAAUAGGACACAAACAUUCACAGGAGCAACUGGUUUACGAACGCACACCACCUGUAUUUCCCAGGUUUAGGGAAUCUACAAUAUAUCACCCAAGCAAGAGCCACGUGAAGUCAUUUUUCCAAUCAGCAUUAGCCCUCUAGUUGGCUGCAGCUCUGUUGGUACGCUGGUGUAGCUCAGAUCCACUAGUCACUUAAGUUUGGAAACAGAGGUAAGAGGACCGUAAAUAACCUCUAAUAACCUCUGCGAUUCCCCUGCAAAGUAGACUGUGGAUGCCCUGAAGACUGAUCACCAUCUAAAGUCGUCAGAUGGCCUACCCCCACCCAGGUUUGUUUCAGUUGUUUCUUAACUCUGAAUGUUUUGCCCUAUUGAACCUGCCGAGUGUUGAGCAACAUUCCCCCUCAUCUCCUGGGCUGUACAACUUAAUGCAUUCGCCUCUUUACAUUCUUCUUUGCCAAUGUUUGAAUCUAUUUUUCCUCUCCCUACAUUGUUACACUCCGAAUAUUCUGCCAGUGUCUUUUUUCUUUUGUUGUUUUUUUUUUUACAUUCUGUGUUUCAGAGCUUUUUCUUUGGCUCAUAAUGGAUCAGUCUGUGCUGCUGGUAUUGUACUGUUCAAUACAUUAGUUACCUCUUAUACAUCUGGGGCUCAUCACAUUAAGUAACAUUGUGUUAAAAUGUUCCAGAAGGGUUUGCAAUGAUUCAGUUCCUAAUAUGUUACUUGUUGACAACAGAAUUUGUCACAUUACUUGAAUUCUGCCUGCAACAUGUUUUCCUCAUAAUGAGUAAAAAUGACAACAUAUGAAAGUGGGUUAUUAUUAUAUAGUGGAUCAUAGACAGAAAAUGCAAUUUCUCUAACAAUCACGUGCUUUGUAAAGCUGCCGUACCUCCCAUAUAAACUGAGGUUUAUUUCUAUCCUCUGUCAGGAGAAUUGGUGAAAGAUAGAUUCAUAUGACAAAGGAACUCAUUUUAAACAAGUGUUUUUGUUUUGUUUGUUUGUUUCAUUGAUUCCCCAUCCAUUACUGAGCACUGGGGCUGAUUUCACAUACAGCCCAUACUGGGAUACAGAUUUUUAUUAAUCUAUAUUCAUUAACCUCAUUCCAGCACAUAUUUAUGCAAUAUGAUGUGAAUAUAUUUUUCUUGUGAAAUUGUCGGGAUUAUUUUGUUACCGUCAGUGGUAUGACAUUGAUUUAAUAAAUUAGAGGCCGUGUUUGGAUAUCCCUCGUUCAAUUUCCUGCUUGUUUAGAGUUUACCUCCAGUUUUUCUUGACUUCACUUCUCCAGAUGCAAACAUUUACAGUGUCAAAUGAGCAGUUUCUGAAAUAUCAGAGACGAGGACAAGUACCGGUUCUGUUUGAGUCACUCCUAGACGAGAGAGUUGAUCUACCUGGCUGUUAUUAACAAAAGAAAAAUGAUACUGGAAUUUUUGGUUUCAUCCUCAGCAGCUUUUCUAGGAGUGCAUCAAACCUCUAUGCAACAGAUGUGUUAUUUAUUCCAGUGGAAAUUAAUUCACUUUUCGCUGAAACUAUGCAGAACACGACUUUGAUUUAAAUGGACUUCAAUGUAAAGAGUUUAGCUUCUCAGGCAACUUAACUCAGUGAGAGGGCUCAAAGCCUGGUUUCAACACCCUGCUCCAUAAAAAUCAUUCAUAGAUAUAUCAUAUGACAGUUUUGGGCAGUUGUGUGACUGUCCUAGAGACGCUUUGUCUUCAGAGAUGUUUUUCUCUUCCUAGUACAGCACAUGAAAGCAACAGGGUCUCACUGCCAUCCUAUUCAUGACAUACUGUACUAAGGGCAGAUCAGCAUUCUCAACAGAGUCUUCAGGUGUCAUUUAUCUCUCUCUUCUCUCAGACUAUGAAUACUGGGUAUUCUCAGAGGUUGCUCUUUGAAAUUGCAUUAAUCGCCCUCCAGUGGAUUAAUGCGACAGAAAACUGCGGCUUCUGUGGUCUGACACACUAUUGCAAAGGUUACGUUGGUCUUUACGAGCAGCUCUUUCAGUAUGGGUUAGCUAAGCACUGCAUGUCGUGAAACUGCACUUGUCCUAGAAUGGUUCAAUAUAAGCUUGUGUUCUACUGUUAGUUUAUGCCUGCCUGUUUUUUACAGUUUAAUCAAAAGAAAAAUGUUGUUACAGACGUUGGCCUUUCUAUAUUCUAUCAGGAUUUUCUCUCAAUGUCCAUGUUUACAAAACAAAUCUCGCUGAACAAGGCCAAAUGAAUGGGCUCAAAUGCUAAUGAGAAUAUUCAUGCUUGCUGCGAUAUCAAUGCAUUCUGACUUGUUGGGGAUGCCAUCCUCUGUUACUGGAUUAACAGAUGUACAGACCGUGAAGAAACCUAGUUAAAAAAAUGUGGAAAUAAACACUGAAUUUACUACUA